CUGUACUCAGUGCUCCUCUAUCUUCGUUCCUUCAACACCUGAACUACAAAAUGGCCACCGCUCUAGCAUCAUUACUUCCCCAACCAGUAUUUACAUCCACCGCGGACGACGAAGAGACGGUCAUUCAAGUCCCCGCGACAGUCGCAUCGCAGUCAGUGGUAGUUCGAACGCCUGUUCCACCAUAUGGCCAGCGGAAUGGAUGGAAGCCAACGUCACCAGAUGACUUUGGUGACGGUGGUGCGUAUCCCGAGUGCCAUGUCGCUCAGUAUCCUUUAGACAUGGGCAAGAAGAAGACCGCCGCCGGCAACACACUUGCACUCCAGGUCGAUUCAGAGGGCAACGUGCGCUACGAUGUCAUCGCUCAACAAGGCCAGCGACCGGGCAAGAUCGUGCAGUCGCAGUUCAAGGACCUCGUCCCGCUCGCUCACAGGAAAGACCUUGAUGACACUCAGCGGCAGAUGGAACGCCCCACAGAGGAUGACGUGCAGGCUACGACAGAAAAGACGCGAGCGGCACUGGAGAAGCUCGUGAAUGGCAAGAUCAAAGCGGCACAGCCCAAGAACGUUCCUGACAGCCAGGGAAAGACGUCGUUCAUCCGAUACACACCAGGGCAGCAGAAUGGCGCAAAUGGGCUCAAACAGCGCAUCGUCAAGAUGACCGAGGUCGUUGAGGAUCCACUGGAGCCGCCACGGUUCAAGCAUAAGAAGAUCCCUCGCGGACCACCCAGCCCACCACCACCAGUGUUGAGGAGUCCUCCGCGGAAAGCCACGGCACAGGAGCAGAAGGAGUGGAUGAUUCCUCCUUGCAUCUCCAACUGGAAGAACAACAAGGGUUACACCAUUCCUCUUGAUAAGCGUCUUGCCGCAGAUGGCCGUGGUCUGCAAGAUCUGCACAUCAACGACAACUUCGCCAAAUUCUCAGAAGCGCUUUUCAUUGCUGAUCGACAUGCCCGAGAGGAAGUCCGCCAGCGUGGAUUGAUGCAGCAGAAGCUUGCCGAGAAGCAGAAGGCACAGAAGGAGGAGAACCUGCGGAUGCUUGCUCAACGUGCGCGCGAGGAGCGUGCAGGUAUUGCACCUUCCCGCGCAACUGAGACUAAGGUCACCGUCGAGCGUACUGUGGCCAUCCAGUCCUCGCUCGGUGCAUAUGGCAGUGAGAGCGAGGAGUCAGAGGCAGAGGAGUUAGGGGACGAGGAGACGGCGCGGCUGCGCGACCAGAUGCGGCAGGAGAAGCGGCGCGAACGUGAGCGCGAGCUACGGAUGAGCAACAUGGGACAGGAGCAGCGCGCCAAGAUGCUCGCGCGGCAGCAGAACCGCGAUAUCUCGGAGAAGAUCGCGCUCGGGCUAGCGAAGCCGACGCUCUCGAAGGAGAGCAUGGUCGACUCGCGUCUGUUCAACCAGGAGUCUCUCACGGGCUCGUUCGCGGAAGAUGAGGCGUAUAACUUGUACGAUCGCCCGCUGUUCCACGGAUCGUCGGCGGCCGCGGUGAUGUAUAAGGCGCGUGGGAACAUCACGGAGGGCAACCAGGAAUCGUUUGGGGAGGGCACGGAGGAAGGCAUUGGGAGGGCGCUGGAUAACGAUAGGUUCGGGCUGGGUCAAGUGCGCAUUGGCUUUGAGGGCGCGAAGGACCAGGAGGUGCGGGAGGGCCCGGUACAGUUCGAGAAGGACACGGGCGACGUGUUCGGGCUCGACAAGUUCCUGGACGAGGCGAAGAGCGGGAAGAAGAGGGGUUUGGAUACUGACGUCGGAGGUGCCCGCAAGAGACAGCAGCUCGACAAGGCAGCAGAGCGCGAGUGAUUAUUGUCUGACGUCUCUCUGUUGUUAGUCAUUGUAACUUACUCUCGCCGUCUCUGUAAUUUUACCGCUCUGUAGACCGUUUUAUUAUCGGAUACAUCAUUGAUCGAUGGUCAUUUCAGAAAGGGAAAAGCAACAUGCUACUAAUACAACAGGAUAGAGAAUCUUAAGUGCCUAUAUGAAGAGAAAUGCUGUGCUUCACCGAGCCCAGUCAGAACGAAGGAGGAGGUUUGCCAUGUACUUGCCCUCCUCGUGAUAGUCACUAGGGAUGAUCCGGGUGAUCUGAUAACGUACGCGAGUCUUGUC